AUGCCCAUGUCGGGGGGUGUGUACCUCGAUCUUUGUUGUGGCCACGGUCUGUUGCAGCUAGAGAAUGCGGAAAUGGACCACCACUUGGGGUUGCGCGGGAGCGAUGUCAAUUUUCGGUGGUGGAUAGGCCAUGCCUUCCUCCUGAAUUCACGUCGCAAUGCCUGCAGGCAGCUGUCUGAGUGUGUGAAAUGCAUUGACAUGAUGCCUUGGCCGAGUCUCUCUGGCUCUGACCCCUCUCGUCAUCUGGUAUUUGUGCGCAGCUCCUCCUGCAGUGUUCUUGCCGCUUUAAUUGUCAGUGGAUUCCAUCGUUUCCAUUGUUUGGGACGACGUUCGAACCUUACCUCAUCAGCUUGUACUCCAACGCGCGGCUUGGUCAGGCGUCGUGGCUGGAGCGAUUAG